UCGCGCGCGCGACGAAGCGCGCACGAUGGCGGCGCCCGCGGUGCCGGUCACGGUGAAAGAAGCGAUACAGUUGAAAACGUGCGGAGUGAACCCGCAAUGUAUUUCGUUCACGAAUCUCACCAUGGAGAGCGAGAAGUACGUGUGCGCUCGGGAGAGCGGGACGACGAAUAAUGUGGUGAUCGUCGAGGUGAAUAACCCGCUGCAGCCGAUGAAGAAACCGAUCACGGCGGAUAGCGCGCUUAUGAACCCGACGCAGAACGUGAUUGCGCUCAAGGCGAGAGUGGAGAACGAGAAUGGCGUGGAGGAUUCGUUGCAGAUUUUCAACAUUGAUCAAAAGGCGAAAAUCAAGGGGCACGACAUGGAGCCGGUGGUGUUUUGGAAGUGGAUCACGCCGAAAAUGUUGGGGAUCGUGACCAACACCGCGGUGUUUCACUGGUCGAUCGAUGACGCGAACGCGCCGGUGAAGGUGUUUGACAGAACUGCAAACCUGAACGGGAAUCAGAUCAUCAGCUAUAAAGCAUCAGAGGACAUGCAGUGGUUCACGCUGAUCGGUAUCGCGCAAGGCGACGCGUCGAGACCGGCGUUAGUGAAGGGUAACAUGCAGCUGUACUCGGUGGCGCAACAACGCUCGCAGCCGCUCGAGGCGCACAUGGCGGCGUUCACGACGCACCAAGUGCCGGGCAACGCGCAAAAGAGUCAGUUGGUAUGUUUCGCUCAAAAGAUGGUUCAAGCCGAUGGAUCGGUGGUUUCCAAGCUUCAUGUGAUUGAGCUCGGCGCGCCGGCAGGGCAAACGCCGUUCACGAAGCGCACGAGCGAGUUGUUUUUCCCGCCCGAGUUUGCCGACGACUUCCCGGUCGUCAUGCAAGUGAGCGACAAAUACGGCGUCAUUUACAUCGUCACCAAGAGCGGUCUGCUGUUCGUGUACGACGUGGAAACUGCGUCGCCGAUCUACCGAAGCCGCAUUUCGCAAGAUCCGGUCUUCGUCGGCGCGUCCGCGACGAGCGUUGGCGGUUUGUACGUUGUUAACAGAGGCGGCCAAGUCUUGUUGAUCACCCUGAACGAAGCCGCCGUUGUGCCGUUCAUCAGCAGCACGCUCAAUAACUUGGAGCUUGCGCUUUCGGUCGCGUCGAGAGGGAAUCUUCCCGGCGCCGAUGCGCUCGUGAUGCCCAAGUUUGAUAUGCUCUUCAACUCUGCGGACUACAAGGGGGCGGCCGAACUCGCGGCGAGCAUGAGCUCGUUGCGCACAGAUCAGACCAUCGCCCGAUUUCGCGGCGUCCCGACUCAACCGGGCCAAAGUUCUCCUUUGUUACAGUACUUUGGCGCGUGCUUGCAGCGCGGAAAGUUGAACAAGCUGGAAUCAGUUGAACUCGCAAAGCUCGUGCUUGCGCAAAACAAGAAGCAGCUUCUCGACACAUGGCUGAGCGAGGACAAGCUCGAGGCGAGCGAAGAACUCGGCGACAUGCUGGCGCCGACUGACUCCGAUACUGCGCUUAAGAUUUACGUCAAAGCACGCGCGAGUCCGAAGGUAACCGCAGCGUUCGCGCAGCGUGGCGAAUUCGACAAGAUGGCGCAAUACUGCUCCGCCGUCGAUUACAAGCCAGACUAUAUGUACAUGUUGCAAGCUCUUAUGAUGAAAGAUCCCGCGAGCGCGGUGCAGUUGGCACAAAAGAUCAGUCAGAUGACACCGCCACCGUGCGACAUGGGGGCCAUCGCCGAUCUCUUCUUGCAGCGCAACAUGAUUCGUGAGGCGACAUCGAUCUUGCUCGAUUUGCUCAAGGGCGACGACGAGAGCCAAGCGGCGCUGCAAACCAAGGUUCUUGAGAUCAACUUGGUGACAUACCCGAACGUCGCUGAUGCGAUCUUGGCGCAAGGAAAGCUCACGCACUACGACCGCCCGCGCAUCGCGCAGCUCUGCGAGAAGGCUGGUCUUUACAUUCGAGCCAUGGAGCACUACACGGAGCUCGCCGACUUGAAGCGUUGUGUCGUCAACACACACUCGAUAGACCCGCAAGCGCUCACUGAAUUCUUCGGUACACUGAGCCGCGAGUGGGCUUUGGACUGCCUUAAGGAACUUCUCACGUUCAACAUGCGUCAAAACCUUCAGAUGGCGGUGAACAUUGCUAAGGAGUACACGGAACAACUCGAGAUUCACUCUGUCGUGAAGAUGUUUGACAAGUUUGAAUCUGCCGAAGGCCUCUUCUACUACCUCGGGUACUUCGUGAACACGUGUGAAGACAAGGACCUUGUGUACAAAUUUAUCGAAGCUGCUUCAAAGACUGGACAGAUCAAGGAAGUCGAGCGAGUGACGCGCGAGAGCGAUCAUUACGAUGCCGAACGCGUCAAGGUGUUCCUCAUGGAAGCCAAGCUCUCAGAUGCUCGUCCGCUUAUCAAUGUGUGCGACCGUUAUGAGUUCGUUCCGGAUUUGACGACAUACCUUUACAACAACAACAUGUUGCGCUACAUCGAAGGCUACGUGCAAAAAGUCAACCCGAAGCAGGCGCCGAAGGUCGUUGGUACACUGUUGGAUCUCGAGUGCCCGGACGAUUUCAUCAAGACUCUCAUCUUGUCCGUGCGAUCUCUCUUGCCCGUGGCGCCGCUCGUGGAAGAAGUGGAGAAACGUAACCGCUUGAAGAUCCUCACGCAAUUCCUCGAGCACCUCGUGAACGAAGGGAGCGUGGAUCCGCAAGUACACAACGCCAUGGGUAAGAUGCUCAUCGAUAGCAACCAGAACCCAGAGCACUUUUUGCUCACAAACGAGUACUACGAGUCCGCCAUCGUCGGUCGCUACUGCGAGAAGCGCGAUCCGUACUUGGCGUGCGUAGCGUACAAGCGUGGCAACUGCGACGCAGAGUUGGUGGAUUGCACGAACAGAAACAGUAUGUUCAAGGUUCAGGCGAGAUAUGUCGUCGAGCGUAUGGACGCCGAUCUCUGGGCAUCUGUGUUGACGGAAGAAAACAAAUACUGCCGCCAGCUUAUCGACCAAGUCGUGUCUACCGCACUCCCAGAAAGCAAGAACCCUGAGCAAGUUUCUGUGACCGUGAAGGCGUUCAUGACGGCAGAAAUGCCGCAUGAACUCAUCGAGUUGUUGGAGAAGAUCGUGCUACAAAACAGCGCGUUCAGCAACAACCCGAACUUGCAAAACUUGCUCAUCCUUACCGCCAUCAAGGCGGACGCAUCUCGCGUCAUGGAUUACGUCAACCGACUCGACUCUUUCAACGGUCCGGAGGUCGGUGAGAUUGCCGCCGGUAACGAGUUGUACGAAGAAGCCUUUGCCAUCUUCAAGAAGUUUGAUCUGCAUGUUGACGCGAUGAAGAUUCUUCUCGAGUCUCUCGAAGACCUCGAUCGUGGCAUCGAGUACGCGCGCAAGGUCGACUUACCCGAAGUUUGGGUCCAAAUCGGCAAGGCGCAGCUCAAGGUUGGCACUCCGGAGGCGGUUAAAGCGGCCAUCAAGUCGUACAUCAAGGCGCAAGAUGGGAGUGAUUUCGUCGACGUCAUUCACGCCGCGCGCCAAGCCGACAUGUACGAAGACAUGGUUCCAUAUUUGCUCAUGGUGCGCAAGAACAAGAAAGAAGCUCGCGUCGAUACUGAACUUGUGUACGCGUACGCCAAGAUCAACGAUUUGGCCAAGCUCGAAGACUUUUUGGCUACGCCGAACAGCGCGAAUCAGCAGUCCGUCGCCGACAGAUGCUUUGGCGAAGGUUUGUACGAGGCUGCUCGACUUUUGUACACCGCGCUCAGCAACUGGGGCUGCCUUGCGAGCACUUUGCUCAAACUUCGCAUGUUCCAAGGUGCAGUCGACGCCGCGAAGAAGGCUAACUCCCCGCGUACGUGGAAGGAAGUGUGCUUUACGUGUCUCGAAGAAGGCGAAAACAAGCUCGCGCAGCUCGCCGGUCUCAACAUCAUUAUCCAAGCUGAUGAACUCGAUUCCGUCAGUGAGUACUACCAAGCGAAUGGUAAGUUCACCGAGCUUAUCCAGCUUAUGGAAGCCGGCGUCGGCGUUGACCGGGCGCACAUGGGUAUUUUCACCGAGCUCGGCAUCUUGUACGCCAACCACAUGGCCGACAAGCUCAUGGAACACAUUCGUUUGUUCAGCGCGCGCAUCAAUAUUCCGCGACUCAUAACCACGUGCAACCACGUGGCGUUGUGGCCCGAGCUCGCGUAUCUUUACAGGUGCUACGACGAGUACGAUAACGCUUGCGAGGUGAUGAUGAAGCACCCCGACGCUUGGGAGCACGUGGUCUUCAAGGAUGUGUGCGUCAAGCUUGCCAACGCGGACUUGUACUACCAGGCGAUCGAGUUUUACCUUCGCGAGCACCCAACAGAGAUGACCAAUCUUCUCGGUGUACUUCAGUCGAGACUUGAUCACUCUCGCGUGGUGUCGCUCAUGCGCAAGGAGGGUAAGUUGGCCAUGGUGAAGGAGUACCUUUUAGCUGUGCAGGGUGCAAACUUGACGGCGGUGAACGACGCCGUGAACGAACUCGCGAUCGAAGAAGAAGAUCACGCGGCGUUGAAGACUUCGCUCGAUAUGUACGACAAUUGCGAUCAACUAUCUCUUGCGGUACAAUGCGAGAGCCACGAACUGAUCGAGUUCCGAAGAAUUUCUUCGUACAUCUAUCAGCGCAACGCGCGAUGGCAGCAAGCCAUCGAUCUUAGCAAGCGGGAUGGGUUACUUAAGGACGCCAUGGAAAUCGCCGCGAAGAGUGGAGACGCGACCAUCGUGGACGAACUUCUCGACUACUUCAUCGAUCAAGGCAACAAGGAGUGCUUCUCCGCCGCCUUGUGCACGUGCUACGACUUGUUGAAGCCCGACGAAGUCAUGCAAAAGGCAUGGUUGAAGGGUCUUAGCGACUGGGUCAUGCCUUACAUGAUUCAAGUCAUGCGUGAUAUGAACGGUAAGUUGGAGAUUUUGAUGAAGGAUAAGGCGGACCGCAACGAAGAAAAGGUGAACGAGGAGAAAGAGCGCGUCGCGGCCGAGAUGAAUAGCAACCUCUACGCGCAACUCAUGCCUGCGGCGCUUCCGGCUCCGCCGAUGCCGGGCAUGCCGGGGUACGAGCAACCGCAACCGGGAUACGGGCAACCGCAGUAUUACUGAGGCACAUCAUCUCAAUAGCUCAGCGCGCGACUCGCGCGCGCACACUUAGUUCAGCAU